AUGCCAGUUACCAAAGAUCACCUAGAAACCUCGGUUCAGAGCCUAAAUGAACAACAACACAUCAGAAAAAUUCUAGAUGAUAGGCCCUUAGAUCUCCACAUAGUUCACAAUGCACGCUACAACAGUGAAGACGUGAAAAAGAGUCCGAGGUGCGAACCUGGCACGCGAGCUCGUAUUCUAGAGCUCAUCCACAACUGGGCAGACCAGGACUCCGGGCUACCACUACUUUGGCUUAUUGGUCCUGCUGGGACUGGUAAGUCCACUCUUGCCAGGAGUGUAAUUGACUCUCUGGAGACAAAGAAGCAACUGGUUGCCGGAUAUAUGUUCAAGAGAGGAGAACAGGACCGGAAUGAUACUAAUCGGCUAUUCUCAACGGUCGCAAUGCAAUUGGCUGAUACUGUUUCCCUCUUUAAGGAGAGCCUUCGGAACUCACUUCAAGGUCUCGACAAAGACGCAGUCGACAGGAGCAGCCUCGAGAGUCAGUUCCAUAAGCUCUUAUGGGACCCACUGGAGAGCUUGAAAGUCAAAGAGGCCAAUCGCUUGCCAAGGAUAAUCAUCAUCGACGCUCUAGAUGAGUGUGAACGACUCGAAAGCCUCCCGAGACUAUUGGGGCUUUUGUCGAAGCUUUGCACUGCUUCCACGCUCCACUUGCGCGUCUUAAUUACUAGCAGAUAUGCGCCUGAGAUCGUCGAAGCUUUCGAGCCUCUCUUGCAGAACAAGAUCGUCCACACUUUAGAGCUCCACCGAGAAUUCUCUGAGGAUACUGCUUUGGAUAUUCGCAGCUUUCUCGAAGCGAGAUUCACAGAUAUCAAGUACAAGAGGAGGGUACAAAAAGACCCAUGGCCUACUAUAGAUGAGCUCCAUCGUCUUGUGCAACUUUCUACCACGCCUGAGCCCUUAUUCAUCUAUGCUGCGACUUUAUGUAGAUUUGUUUCAGAUAAGAACCGGGGUCCGAUCCAACAGCUCAUCACGUGGUUGGAACAAGGGAGCAAGUCACAACUGCACCAGAUAUACAGUCCUAUUCUCGAACAAGCGUUCUCGGGUUUUGAGGAAGGAGAGUUCCGUCAGAAGUUACGAUUUCUCGGUACUAUUGUACUUCUUGCCAGACCACUCUCAGCAAAGUCUCUUACCCUUUUACUUCGCAUGGAUCUGGACGAUUUCAGCUGGUGGGUUCCAAGGCUGUAUGCAGUGUUACAUGUACCCUCUGAGCUCUACCAACCUAUACAUCUCCUUCACAAGUCAUUUUCGGACUUCCUCGCCAGCGACGACGGUUUAGGCUCUAACAGAUACAAGAUAAACACAGCUGAGAUACAUACCCGUCUUGCAGAGGCUUGCAUUCAGUAUAUGACGACUAAGCUCAGGCAAGAUAUAUGCGGAGUUCAGAAACCAGGGAUUACCAACGGCGAGAUUGAUACGAAUUCAAUACGUAGUUGCAUCCCUUCUGAACUUGAGUAUGCUUGCAACUACUGGUUCCUACACUUGAAACGCAGUGGCCAGUCGCUGAGUUCCUUUACGUACACGUUUCUCUACGACCAUCUUCUACACUGGAUCGAGGUAUUAUCGCUACUGGGACGACUGGCAGAUGGUGUGAGUAUCUUGAGGGAACUAUUAGAGAUGAGUCAGGCAUGCAAUGAUUUACGACAGGAUUUCGCUCCUUUCGUCCAAGAUUCAAUAAGGGUCAUCGUCGCCUUCAUCACGAUUAUAGAACUUGCUCCUCUUCAGAUUUACGGAUCUUCAAUCUUCUUCUCCCCCACUGGUAGCAUUGUGCGUCAAAGGUUUUGGCAUCAACGGAUACCGAAGACUGGUGAGAUACAUGGUGUUGAGUCCCACUGGAGCGCACGCCUCCAAGUGAUUCAGAACUCUGGUAGAGCCGUUUAUUUGCAUGUCUUUUCGCCGAAUGGACAUUUCUUGGCGUCUGUGGUAGAAGCUGGUCCUGGCGAACAGGAGAUUCAACUACGCAACAUCGUUACUGGUACCAAUCUAUACGCUCUAUCAUUCACUGGGAGCAGUAUCCAAGCGAUGACCUUCUCAACCGAUAAUCGUCAUCUGGCAGCAGCAGAUUUUGAUGGCCAUAUAAGACUUUGGGAUGUGAUAUCCGGUCAUACCCAGCACAUGGGUAUCGGUUGCAACAGGCCACUUGCAGCCAUCAAAUUCUCAUCAGAUCUAAACCUAGUGAUAUCUGUCACCAAGAAGGGGACGGUUCAAUAUUGGGAGAGAUUGAAAAACGUCUUCCAGGAGAUCGUUUCAAGACGCCGGAAUGUUCUAAAAGCCAAACAGAUGCGGACAGGAUUGCGGCUGGAGUGGGCAGCCUUCUCACCAUGCAUGCAACUAUUGGCAUACAAUAUUACGAAACGCCUUAGUGCACAGAUUCGGAAUUUUGCGACCAACACAAAAGUGUUUAUAGGCAGAGAAUGCAAGGGCCCACGUGAACGUCAUACUACUGGCCUGGUGAGAUUCUCAUCAGACAGUAGGCUUCUGGCAUCAGUUUAUGAUGAGUUACUGACCAUUUGGGACGUAAGGACAGGUGCAAUGAAGCGGUUACUGAAACACAAUCACCCUGUAGACGCUAUUGCGUUGUCACCCUGCGGAAGGAUUAUAGCGUCGAGUGCACGGGAAAGUAUCGAACUGUGGGACCUACGGAGUGGUGCUUCUAAGGCCAUUUUGAUCGAAGAUGGAACUGUUAGCGCAUUGGCCUUUUCCCCAGACGGUUCAAUUCUAGCAUCACAUGAACACCUCUGGGAUGCCACAAAGGCGCAGGAUCAUCUUGUGUCCAAUGGCGCCAGUCAGUGUAUCACUAAAAUAGCCUUGUCACCUGAUGGACAGCUUGUCGGGUCAGCUUCUCGCGAUAAUACGAUUCGGAUCUGGGACGUAUCAACACUGCUUCCCCGAUGGAAGUCCGUAUGCGAUGCAGAGGGUAUCCUGGAACUAUGCUUUUCAUCGGACAGUAAGCUUCUAGCUUCCUUGUCAGAGGAUAGGCAACUGUACAUCUGGGACGUGAUCUCUGCUGCGCCGUCGGAGGCACCUCAGGGCUCAGCCUCAAUCUCUGACGUAGCUUACUCGCCAGAUAACCAGACCGCAGCAACAACAGAUUGGCCAGAAUUUGGCGGCGAAGUAGCACUCCGGGAAACAGUAACUGGUACGUGUUUACGCACACUCGAUGGCACCGGAAACCUGGUUAAAGGCGAUGAAAUCGAGCGAAGGUGGAGUAUGAAGCCUUGGAAACCAUUUGGUGGCGGGUCAGAGAUUUUUGCAACACCAGAUCCCGCGGUAUUCUGUCAACCCCAUGACUUCAUGAACGACGAUAGACCGUUUUCCAGAAUAACCUUUUCUCCGGAUGGCCACAGUGUAGCUGCAAUUCGGUCGCCCGGCUCGCUGUACAUAUGGGAAACAUCUACAGGCAGGCAGCAACAGUGGUUUUCAAAUAACUCCCGUGUCAGGAAAAUUAGAUUCUCACCAGACAGCCAACUCAUUGCGUUGUUGGUAGAUUUUAGAGUUUUACUAUGGCGCGUCAAUACUUCCAAACCAUUGCACACUCUUUCUGUUGAAGCAAAGACAGCAGAGUUCUCUUCGGACGGUAGCUCGUUAGUAUUAGCUGGUACAGAGGUCACGGUCUGGGAUGUCGCGACUGGGUUUCGUCAACAUACGCUCGGAGACUUGGACUUGGAUCCGACGGCUCUAUGUGUCUCAUCGGAUGGAAAAAUGAUAGCCUUGUUAUCAAUGGAUCAGCUUCUACAACUGUGGAGCGUUACUUCAAACCCUGCAAGACACUUCAUCUCAAGUCUAAAAGAGACUGUUACAACUAUGGCAUUUGCGUCGGACGGUAAAGCCUUGGUGACAGUAUCGGAACACGGUUUGAUUCGGCUCUGGGACACGUCGUCAGGCACACAGUCGAGAUGGAUCAUACGCCAGGAAGGGAUCAUCAGGGGUAUCAGACUUCUACCCAAUGAGCUGAUAGUUUCAGUGUCUGAUCCACCUCCUUUCUUAAACCUUUGGAACGACAUAAAACUUCGAAUCUACCGAUAUCGAACACCCGGUAUCACCACUGAGCAAGUGCUAGGGCGGGUUACGUGCAGUAUUGGACUUAGAUAUAAUGGAGAUUGGAUCGCGCAAGGGUCUGAGAACCUCUUAUGGGUGCCUCCACAGUACAGGCCGACUGAUGGAAGCUUCAAAGGUUGGGUCAGUCGAGACCCUGCCACGAUUUUUAUCGGUUCCGCCUCAAGUCAUGUCAUUGGAUUUCGAAUCGUGUAA